UCAUGAAUAAAAUUGAAAUAUAUAAUAAAAAAAAUGUUUGGCGAUAAUAAUAGUAAUGAUAUUAAAUCUGAAUAAAUUCCGAUAUAUUCUGUUAUGAGAAUUAUCUUCAACUCGGAAUAUUACCAAGUAUGUAUAAACAUCUUUAUCAGUUAUAUUAUAUAGUCUGGUUAUUUCGAUGAAUACUAUGGAUUAUGUUACUAAUUUUCUUUCUGGUAUCAGUCAUACAGCAGACGGCCAAGACGAUUGAUGAUAGUUCUCCUCAUUGAUUUCCUUUUUCUUGAUCUAUAUGUGUAUGUGUGUGUGUGUGUAAGUGUAUGUCGUUAUUCGUUUUAUCAUUCAUCGUGAAAAAUCAUCUCGACGAAUCACGAAAACAAGCGAGAAAUCGUUACAAUAAUAUUAUUAUAUUAUAUUUUUCGGGAUACUUCUAAUUAUUUUACUAGCACAGAAAAUGGCGAACUUCGUGUGCGUGAAAGAUUACGAAAAAUACGGGCAUAAUAAUCUGCCUCCUUUCGUAAGAGAUUAUUAUAAAAGUGGAGCCGGCGAUGAAUGUAGCUUACGAUGGAACAGAGAAGCUUUCAAGAGGUAUCGAAUAAAACCUAGAUGUCUUCGAGACGUUUCGAAAAGAGAUCUAAGCACGACUAUAUUAGGGGACAAAAUUUCUAUGCCGUUAGGGGUAGCACCGGCUGCUAUGCAACGAAUGGCUCACCCCGAUGGCGAAUGCGCUAAUGCUAGAGCUGCCGAAGCUGCAGGAACGAUUUUUAUACUCUCAACUAUGUCAACCAGCAGUAUCGAAGAAGUUGCAGAGGCAGCACCGAAAUGUAUCAAAUGGUUUCAGCUUUACGUUUACACCGAUCGAAAUAUUACAUUGAAUUUAGUUAAAAGAGCUGAGAAAGCUGGAUUUAAAGCUCUCGUUCUUACCGUGGAUGCGCCAAUUUUCGGUAACAGACGUGCCGAUUUGAGAAACAGAUUUUCGCUUCCUAAACAUUUGAGAUUAGCUAAUUUCGAAGGUGCUUUAUCAGACAAAGUAACCACAUCUAAAACAGGAUCUGGUUUAAACGAGUAUGUUAGCGAAUUAUUCGAUCCGUCACUUUCUUGGAAAGAUAUUACAUGGCUAAAAAGCAAUACGAAAUUGCCGAUCGUAUUAAAGGGUAUUUUAACUGCCGAAGAUGCGAUUUUAGCAGUGAAAUAUGGAGUAUCUGCUAUUAUAGUUUCUAAUCAUGGUGCACGUCAAAUUGAUAGCGUUCCUGCAACAAUUGAAGUCUUACCUGAGAUAGUGAAUACAGUAAAGGAUAAAGUAGAAAUUUAUAUGGACGGAGGAAUUAUACAAGGAAUCGAUGUGUUUAAAGCUCUUGCUUUAGGCGCAAAAAUGGUAUUCAUGGGUAGACCGUUGUUAUGGGGUUUAUCGUAUGCCGGAGAAAAAGGUGCAUUAAAUAUUCUUGAGAUAAUGAGAACAGAAAUCGAUCAUACGUUCGCUUUGACAGGUUGUACGACCGUAAUAGAUGUUACCAAAGAUAUGAUCGUUCACGAGUCACAUUACAGUCACUUGUGAUAUUUGCCUUCCACGCUAUAUCAUUAUUUAACGACAAUUUAUUAUACAUAGAUAAUAAUCGAAAACAUUCGUUCGUUGUUUAUCUGCUUUGACAAUUUAUACAAUAAUAAUAAUUAUUACAAUUAUAAUAAUAAUGGAUAAUAAUAAAGCAACAAUAAAAAUGAUGAUC